AUGAACUAAUAAUGUAUAGGAUAAUAGGAGGAAAUGGAAUAGAAAGAGAGCAGUUUUGGUAAAGUUCUUAAAGUAGAUGGACCAUGUAAAUAGUUUCUUUUAAUUUAAUAGUAAUUUUUGUUGAGGAAAUGGAUGGAGCAGAAAUGUUUGAGAUAGUAAAGGUAGGAUAGAAAAGAUUAGUUGGAGAGAUUAUUAAAUUAGAUAAGAACAUUUCAUAUAUAUAAUGUUUUGAAGAUACAUGUAAAUCGAGUAUUUAUACAUAAGCUAGUUUAAGUGUUGGGGAUUGUGUAAUGAGAACAAAAUCUCCUUUUUUAGUUGAAUUAGGGCCAGGUAGAUAGUGUCUAUUUAUAUAGGUAUUUAAACAUAUCCGUUUGAUGGAAUUUAGAGAAGAUUAUAAUGGAAUGAAAACUAAUUUAAUAUUUCAAACAAUAUUACAGGAUUGGAUUAAGAUAGAAUUUGGGAAUUUAAACCGUCUUCAAAAAUAAAGGAAGGUAUGAUGAUUUUUGGUGGUGAUAUAUAUGGAUCAGUAUUUGAAAAUAAUUUGUUUGAAGACCAUAAAAUUUUAACUUCACCUAAAGUUCAAGGCAGAGUUUGUUAUAUUGCACCUGAAGGCAAUUAUACUUUAAAAGAUAAGGUCUUGGAGAUUGAAUUGAAUGGAAUAAAACAACAAUAUGGAAUGAGUCAUUUUUGGCCUAUGAGAGAAUCACGACCCAUAUUAGAAAAAUUAUAAUGUAACACACCCUUUCUAACCGAUAUAAGAGUUCUUGAUGUACUUUAUCCAACAGUUUUCGGAGGUACUUGUUGUGCCUCAAUGAGUUCUCUUGGUGGAAAGUUAUUUUUAUCUAAAGCUUUAACUAAGUAUUCUAAAUCAGAUUGCCAUAUUUAUGUUGGAUCAGGAGAAAGUGAAUCUGAUAUUGUUUCGAUUAUUGAGGAAUUGAAAGAGGAAACUCUAUUAAAAAAAGAUAAAGAGGAAAUGAUUUUAUAACAUCUUUCUCUAAUCGCUAAUUCUUCUAAAAUGCCAACUCCGACUAUUGAAGUUUCAAUUUACACAGGACUUACCAUUGCUGAAUAUUAUAGAGAUAUGGGUUUGAAUGUAUCUUUAAUGAUGGAUUCUGUAACUUAAUGGGCUAGAGCUGUAAAUGAUAUUUAAAUGAGAAUUGGAGAUAUGAAUAAUUAAGAGGAAUAUCCACCAAUUUUGUCAUAAAAAUUAACAUAAAUUUAUUAAAGGGCAGGAUAGAUUAAGUGCAGAGGUUCACCUGAUAGAGAAGGAUCUAUUACUUUUGUUGGAAAUGUCAUGCAAUCAGAAGUAUAGUUUAAUUAUUUUUAGAAACAUAAUGAUCCUGUUACUAUUGAAACUAUAAACAAUUCUUAAGUUUUUUGGUUAUUGGACAAAAGACUAUCAUAAAGAAAACAUUUUCCACAUCUUAACUGGAUAUUGUCAAAUACCAAAUAUGAAUAAUAAUUAGAGUCAUACUUUAAUUCCUUAAAUCCUAAAUUCUAACAUUUAAAAACUGUGUUAAAAUAAAUUUUAAAUUAAGAGGAACAAAUGAUUCAAUAAGAAGCAAAAGAUCUUUCAGAAGAUUAAAAACUAACUUUAGAAGUGAAAUCUUUUUUAUUUAUAUUUUAGAUUGCCUUGAUGAUUAGAGAAGAUUUCUUACAAUAAGAUACAUUCAGUUAAUAUGAUGAUCAUUGUCCUCUUUAUAAAACAAUAAGUAUGAUGAAAUGCUUUGUUAUAUUUUAUCAAUUGGCUAAAUAAGCUAUUCUUAAAUCUACUGAAGAUAAUAUCAUUACUUGGAGCAUUAUUAAAAAUAUUGCUAAUAAAUUAAUGUACAAAUUGCAUGUAAUGAAGUUUUAUGUAUUUAUUUAUUAUUAAAUUUAUUUCAGGAUCUAAAAAAUCCCUAAUAAGAAUUAAUAGAUUAUUUCAAUAAUCUUGCUGAUGAAAUUGAAUCAACUUUUAAAGAUAUAAUAGAUAAAUGA